AUGCCUCCAGUGAUAUGUGAGAUCUGUAAGGACGCUCGAGCAGCUGUCAUCAGACCUAAAAAUUCACAGAAGAUUUGCAAGCUGUGUUUCUUGAAUGUCUUCGAAGCCGAAAUUCACGAAACAAUUGUAAGCAAUAAUUUAUUUUAUCGUGGCGAGCGAGUGGCAAUUGGUGCAUCUGGAGGGAAAGAUUCGACAGUACUCGCCUCGGUUCUCAAGACUCUGAACGAGCGAUAUGAUUACGGACUGGAUCUUGUCCUCUUGUCUAUUGAUGAGGGUAUCAAAGGCUAUCGGGACGACAGCCUAGAAACUGUCAAGAGGAACGCACAACAAUAUUCUAUGCCGCUCGAAAUUGUGGGCUACGAUCAACUCUAUGGCUGGACGAUGGAUCAAGUCGUGGCUCAAGUAGGCAAGAAAGGCAACUGUACCUAUUGCGGGGUGUUUAGGCGACAGGCACUGGACAGAGGGGCGGCGAAAUUGGACAUCAAGCAUGUCGUUACCGGGCACAACGCGGAUGAUGUCGCGGAGACUGUCAUGAUGAAUCUUUUACGCGCCGAUCUACCCCGACUCGCAAGAGCUACCUCUAUUGUGACAGCAAGUGCAGCAAGCGAGAUCAAACGAAGCAAGCCACUCAAGUAUGCUUACGAAAAGGAGAUUGUACUCUACGCCCAUCACAAGAAGUUGGACUACUUUAGCACGGAAUGUAUCUACUCACCUGAGGCGUUCCGUGGUACUGCAAGAACGUUGAUCAAAGACUUGGAGAAGAUCAGACCGAGCAGCAUCCUGGACAUUGUCAAGAGUGGAGAAGAUAUGGCCACGUUGGUUCCCCCGGAAGUCAGUAGCUCUGCAACUUGUGGCGCGCAUGCCGACGAAGACACGAAUGGCUGUGGCUCCAGUGGUGCGGUUGGCGACUCAAUGGCGAAGGUCGAGGAACAACUGGCUGCAAAUGCACUCGCCAGCGAAAGCGAAACCGAGAUCAGAGUCGCCGAGGAUGCUCAAAUAUCGCAGACUCUGAAGUCCGCAGCCACAAGUACCCACGAUAGAAAACCAAAGGGACGUCGGAAGAUGGUUAAGCAAGUUAUGGGUCGGUGUGAAAAAUGUGGCUACCUAUCGAGUCAGAAGAUCUGCAAAGCAUGCUCGCUCCUCGAGGGUCUCAACAAAAGUCGACCUCGCAACACUAUCGAAAUAGGCAUAUAG